GAAAUGAUAAUAUAAUGUAAGCAUUUCUAUUUAUCUUGGAGCGCUAAUCGUGUUUAUCAGAGCUGUGUGAAUUGUUACAGAAACUGCGUAUGYURAAGAAGACGGUGAGGAAAUUAGUAGCGACUGAUCUCGAUAUCGCACGAAAUCCCAUUCCAAUCCACUCUUGACUGAUUGCAACAGGCAUCUUGUGGCCGACGCUGAAUUAAGAUAGGUAGAGCUAAUUGUAGCUGUGAGUAUUUCGAAAUAACUUAGAAACUUCUAAAAUACUCCAAGGCGACUUGGGACCUAUCCUGCCAGUGGUUGUGUAAUAGGAUCUAUGAAACUAUUGAAAACAACGGGGAAACUCGACUCCUUUCAAUCAGCGCGUUGGUAUUCUAUAGUUUSUUAAGUGAUGAUUAAGCGGUUAGUGACUUAACAAAGGCUAUUGGAAGACUUUCAGUUAUACCUCAAAAUCGGAAGUGCAAAAUUGAAUGCUGCAGAGAUAGGACGAUUUAAACCAYAUGUGUUUAGUAAUGGCGUGAUUGUGGAGGUGGACCAUCAAUAUACUGAGCGAGUGUUAAUCUACAGUGUCUUCAGUCAACGUGAUAUGCGUCAUGCUAAAUGAAGGAAUUAUCCGAGUUCUGGUGUUGUCGUCUUUGUAUCUCGUUUACAUGCUACUAGGAGCUUUGAUAUUCAUGGAAAUCGAGCGAGAAAAUGAGAAAUCUCUUUUCAUUCAUUUUAACAAAUUGUUUCAAGAGUUCAAUUCAACGAGAAAUGUSUCGGACGCUCUCAUGAAAGAUUUAUCAAGGCUAUAUCGAGAAGCUUUCUCGGUGGGUAUUUCAGACCCGUUUAACUCAAACUWCAGAAGCAAAUGGGAUUUUGCAGGCUCUUUUUACUUUGUGGGAACAGUCUUAACUACAAUAGGUUUUGGUCUGACAGCGCCCAUAACUUUACCUGGACAAGUGUGCUUUCUGUUUUAUGCUUUACUUGGCAUACCUCUCAAUAUCCUUCUAUUCAAUACUUUACUUGAUCAAACAGUAAAUAUAUUCACAAGCAUUCUUACACGGAUUAAUCAGUUCUGGAAAAAAAGACGUACAUUAGGGAAUCAAAACAAUCAAGGAGAACCUUGGGAGGCGACAACGGUUAYGAUUGCWGUAACUUGCUUUGUGGUGGUUAUAGUUGUUAUACUWYUAGCGGCACCAAUGUUUGUAUUCCUGGAGGAUUGGUCAUAUUUUGAGUCUAUAUACUUUUUGGUUGUUUCAUUUACGACCGUAGGGUUUGGAGACUUUGUWCCUGGCGGACUGCAUACAAGCAGUGGGGACAAUCUGACACCRCACUAUCGAGUGGGGAAUUGGUUUGUWAUUAUCUUAGGAACUAUAUUUAUGUACACGGCCAUGGCCCUUAUGGCUAGCAUGUACAAACAGUGCCUGGAAAACCUUUUAGAAAAAUCUCGGAAGUGUUUUAAAAAGAAGAAAUCUAAUCGGAUUACAGCGUCACCCUCGGCGCCAUCGACUCCUGCGCAASAGCGUUCUCAGUCCAUUACCAGUCCGCUUCGAGAUGAACGCAAGCGGCAGAUGGCGGCGCGCGCACUUCAAAACUGGCGUGCUGCUAAGAAACCAAAUAUAGGACUUGUCAAUCAAGUAGAGGAGUCAAUUUUGAAAACACGGCGGGUUACAAACACUGAUGAUCGACCAGGCCUUGACGCUUUCCAAUUUCUUCCUCUCGCYGACUUGUCUCGCAGACCCAGUGUACAAACCAUCAAGGCGCAGACGAAYUUCGACGAUCUUACYACCCUUGAAGCUAAACUAACCAAGGAGUUUAACCAUCUUCUCAAAGAAAUYGAACAACAGCGGGAAAWUUUGCUUAAAAARCAAACCAUAAAUGAAGAACGAGGAAUUCGAAAUGGGGCAGUGAUCGCAGGUUCAAGUUCUGAGAGCACUGCAAGUCCUCCUCCUCCUUUGUGUAGUGACGACGCAGGAAGUAGGUCAACAACAGUACUCUCACUGAAUAUGACCGAACCGCAGCAACAAUUAAUAUAGGAAUACUGUCUCGUUUCAAAUAAUAUUAAAACCAUAAUAAAUAAAGUUUAGUAUUAGAAUUUGUUUUUUGAYAUAUGAACGAUUUU